UCCUGGCUAUCAUGUCCUAUGAUAGGUAUGUGGCUAUUUGCAGGCCCUUGCAAUAUCCAAUCCUCAUGAGAGGGGAAAUCUGCUAUCUGCUGUCAGUAGCGGCCUGGUGUUGGUCUUCUGUGCAGGCCCUAACCUGUUCCCUUUAUGUUCUGCCUCUUCCCUACUGCAAAUCCAAUGUGAUCAAGCAUUACAUGUGUGAUUAUCCAGCCCUUGUUCAGUUGUCCUGCUCUGACAAUUCUGCCUUCAAUAAAGUCACAUAUUUUGGGGAUUUCCUAGUUUUUCUCAUCCCCAUCUCAGUCAUCCUGGCUUCCUACAUAGCCAUUUUCCUUCAAGUCCUCAGAGCACACACCUCUGGAAGUGGCCAUAAAGCCCUGGGGACCUGCUUGUCCCAUUUGUGUGUGGUGGGGAUCUUCUACGGAUCGGCCAUUUUGAUGUACAUGACCCCUGCGUCCUCCUACACACCAGAGAAGUCCAUGGUUAUCAUAGCCUUUUGCACCAUGGUCCCUGCCAUAACGAACCCUUUUAUAUACAGCCUGAGGAACCGGGACGUGUUGGCGGCAUUGAGAAAACUCCGUGCAAAAUGUGCAGUGCUUUAA